AUGUCAAGCAUCACCUGGAUGCUGGCCGACGCGGCUGAGAUGCCACCUGCUCCCCGCGACGCAUCACGCCCUGUCAGGCAUCAACGCAGGACCCGAGACGGUAGCGGACUCGCUCGAGCUCGAAUAGAGGGGGCAAAGUCGCACUCUCUGGCGGCAGCGGGAGGCAUCGGCGCUCUCCUGAGCCCCCAAGAUACAUGCCUCCUCCUGACGCUCAUCACCCUCCUGGAAAAACCGCCGUGGGUCAAGGUUGGGCGAAGCAUUGAGACGAAGGCUGGUGGCAAGCUUGCCACCAAGCCUUUCGCCGAAUGGAGGAAGGAAGUUGACGAGUUUCGGAAAGCCAAACGUUCUGUCGUGUAUUUCUGCAUCGUCAACCACGACAGCAAGACAGCAAGCACUUCUCGCUACUGGAAAUCGACGAGAGAGUUGGAGAAACCACUAGCUAGCAGCGAGGAGCUGGAGGCAAGUUGGGGACUGUGCAUGGUAAUUUCCGGACGGGAAAGGCAACCUAGGAGCACCUACACCGGGGAACAGACUCACGCCCCCAUGGCAGCCGACCAGUUGCCAUCCGCCGUCACGUGCAUUGACUUAUUCGUGGUCGAGGUCGAGGGCACAGAGUUGGUGUCCCUUAACCAAGACGAGGUGGCAAAGAAGAAGCAAAGACGGUUGGCGGCGGCACUCGAGGGAGCAAGGCUGGUGUACCAUGACGAAUACAAGACAGCAGAAGAGGAGAAACGUCUGUUGGAAUCGAGGCUCGAGGCAGGAGAGUGCGCGUUCCUGGGCGAAGACGAGACAGCAGAGGAGACCAGUCAGCUGGAGGCGACGGCCAGAGAACUAAAGCGGCUAACUCGUCGCGCAUUCAAAAAAGCGCACGAGAAAGUCCUCUUCGAUGCGGAUCAGAUGGCAUCGCCAACCCUCGUGAUCGAAGAGUCAGUGCCCGAGCCACGGCCCAACCAAUCGGUCAGCCUACUCAUAACUCCACGAGGCUGUCGCCGGUGUUACACCGGCCUUACCAUGGCCAAGUAUCAGGCAUGCUGCCGUCAAGCCACGGAGUGCAUCACAUUACCCAGAAAUCACAUUGCCCAGACUGCGUUGCAGCCGUGGCUGCUUGGUGAGGUUCCAUCCGACGACUUCACACGCGUGUCAUCUCUCCAAGAGAGCGUCGCAAGUAAAUUGCACACUGCAAGCCAGUGCCCAGCUCCGAUUACAAUCUUGCACCACUGGCAGGCGACGACAUCACCACCGUGCAUUGUCAGAAACGACUGA